ACAAGAAGAAUGACCUGAUUUCUGCAGAGGCCGUAUCACCCUAAAUUCUGCACGGCCAUUGCAGACGGUGGAAUGAACAUGCAUAGCCUUUAAUCCGUGGACCUGCGUUCUGGUCUGCCGACUGCUCCUGGAUAUCAUGGUCUUGUCGCCUGCGUUAGAUACGUGACCAUUUUUUUCUCUUGCAUUAUUUUAUGUUAAGUAGGAUAGCAGCAUACACAAGAAAUAACUAAUAUUGAUAACCAUCUAGAUGUCACCUUGAUACAUUUUCGGUUCCCAAAACUAUAAUCUGUUACGAACAGAGUGGACUAAGUUUUGUAGACUUUACCCUUUGCCAAAGUUGUAAAAUAAUGCGUUGUUUAGAAGGAGUGCGAAGGAUAAUUUACUUAUUGCACAUGCGCACCUCACAGAGUAGGUGUUCCUUAAACUUAAAUAUGCAAAUGUAUGCUCGAACACGCCAAUAGGAUCUCGCUAGCUUGUGCUUGGCUCUGCCCGCCUCCUUGCUUGUUCCGCCCUCUAUGACUCAUUUGUUCCCGUUUGAAAUGUCAGGCAGUGGUCUAUCUUGGUUUAGUUAUACAAAUAUUUGCCCAUACUCCCGGUUGCCAUUGGGAUGCAUCUAUCUGCUCACGCCCGGCACACUCAUUAGGCAGGAUUAGGUGUCUAUGGCGGCAGAUUGAUGAGGGAGGGUUUUUCUGAGCUAAACUGACCAAGACGCACCUCCAACAACAACACAUAAAACCUCACAUAAUUCUGCCCAAAAACAAUGACAAUUUCUCUUAACCAGUAGCAUAUGGGCUUUUUAGGUGAGCGCUAAAUCUGCCCUUUGAUAAGCAGUGCCCACUUUGUCAAAGGCAGGGGCGCAAAAUAUUUUGCUUGUCCAUUCGCAGCGCGCCUCUCCAUGGUGCUGUUGGAGAGACGCAUCUCUGCAGCGUUCCGCGUUCCAAUGUUCCGUCAAAAUAAUAUCUAACAUUAAUCAUGUUGCAGAUAUAGGAUAUUGUAGAAAAACUAUGUGGCUUUUUCUGUAGCCUACAGGCUGGAGAUAAAAUAUAUGACAAUGUAACGAGGACACUUUUUACAUCAUGCAGGUUUCUCCGAUCAAAUAGCCUAAACUAAAUGGCGCUCAAUCAAUUAAAUAAAUGUUGAUUAGGUGACCAUGAUGGUUCGAGGGACAGAUUGGGAAUUUAGCAAGGACACGAGGUUUAACACCCCUACUCUUACAAUAAGUGCAACCUUUCCGUUACAAUUCCAACGCUCUAACCAAUAGGCUACCUGCCGCCCCAAUGAUUUCCACAUCCACGGACAUUGGUUUUUGGUCCGGUUGGGACCAAAUCUUAACUUGAUUUCAACGUCCAGGGAUAUUUAAGGUUCAUUUAAGGUUCUGAAUGUUUGGUUCAGUUUUGAUGUGCUCCAGACCGCCUUGAUUUCAACAUCCACGAUUGGUUGAUUUUGUCCGGUCCGGAACAAAUCUGAACCAAUCAUAGACGUCUAUGUUUGGUUCAGAUUUUGUCCUGUCUUGACCAGCCUUGAUUUGGCCCAAACAUAUAUGUCUAUAAAUUACUUAUUUUCAACUUUCAUUCAGGCCCGAAAAUGAACCUGAUUUCAACUUCCGGAAAAUACAUAUUUUUCAACAUCCGGAAAAGAUGCCUUUUCAAUGUCCUGGAAAUAUUUAUUUGAAACAUACAGAAAAUACAUUUUCAUCUUUCAUUCAGAACCUAAAUUGAACCUAACUUCAACGUCUGGAAAAUACGUCCUUUGGACGUCAUUUUGCUUACUGGAACUAUUCUAGUUUUGCAGGGGAACGCCAUUUUUUGGUCUUGCCUAAGGCGGCAGAAUGGAAAGGACCGGCCCUGCAUCUACCCCCUUACUAUCAGUGUUACUAUCAACUCAUAGUGCAGCCCAAUCAGCCACGCAAAACAGCGUUGAGUGGCAGCAAAUCUGUCCACUUAGCUGAGUCGCUUUCCAUACACCCACUCCUUUCGAAACACCCACUCGCACAAACUCCGGUCGCCAUAUUGAGUUGCAGCUACCCAUACUUGAGUUAGUGCCUACAAAAAGACGCCAUUACUAUUUCUCUCCAUGGGCGUAGUCCUUCUUCCAAACAUAAUGGCCCUAAAACUACAUCUCCCAUGGCGCACAACUGUAGACCUGAAACUGUAUUCCUCAUAAUCGAUGAUCUCAACUUAGUUUCCUCUCUAGUGGCAUGAAGUAGGCUUGCUGGGGGAAGAUAGGUACCGGGGCUAUGGAGCGAGCUGAAAAUACUAUCUGAUAACGGUAUCCGCUGAUAGACCGCUGAACUUUGUGUUCACAUCAAAAAGUUGAGAACCCGAAGAGAGAGACAAAAACAGCCAUGCAGUUCAAAUACAGAAGGCACUGAUUUAUUUUUAUAUGCUUUUCUGUUGUCCUUCAAGUGCUGGCCAAGAUGUCUGUGGAGGAACAGGAAUAUCCAGAGGCGACUCUGGUUGCAGAGGCCGGGCCGCAGUGGUUUCGGGCCGAAUUAGAACGCCUAUCCCGGGAGUUGAGCGAGACGACUCAUGAGAAGAUCCAGGCGGCGGAAUACGGGCUUGCGGUGCUCGAAGAGAAGCAACUACUCAAACAGCGGUAUGAUGAGUUGGAGACUGAGUUCGAGACCGUUCGGCAGGAACUCGACCAGCUGAAGGAGGCGUUUGGUCAGGCCUACUCCACCCAUAGGAAGGUGGCUGCAGAUGGGGAGAGCAGGGAGGAGUCACUGAUGUUGGAGUCAGCCAGUAAGGAGGCCCAAUAUCACCAGAUGGUCCUGGAGCUGCAGAAUGACCUGCGGUUGGCCAGAACCGACCUCACUAGCACCCAAUCAGAGAACGAGCGCCUGGCUGCCGUCGCCCUGGAGAUGAGAGAGAGCUCUAAGCAGGUAGAGUUGCAGCGCACCCAACUGCGUGAUGACAUCAGAGAGUAUAAAGUGCGGGAGGCACGUCUGCUGCAGGACUACAGUGAGCUGGAGGAUGAGAACAUCUCCCUGCAGAAACAGGUGUCCCUGCUACGACAGAGCCAGGUGGAGUUUGAGGGUCUGAAGCAUGAGAUCCGUCGCCUGGAGGAAGACUCCCUGUGCCUCCACAGCCAGCAGGAGGAGGCCAUGCGCCUGAGGGAGAUCGCCGAGCGCCAGCUGACCGAGGCUCUGGAGACCAUUAAGACUGAGCGCGAGCAGAAGGCCGCCCUGCGUAAAGAACUGUCCCACCACAUGACCAUUGGGGACAACCUGUUACCAUACUACCACAGUUCCCUCAACGUCUCCCUGGACGGACUCAAGUUCAGCGAGGAUCCCACUGCUGCCACCAACGAGCCGAACCACGAUGACUCGUUCCGCGGCUACGAGAACGGCCUGGCCAAGGUGGCCGCCGACGGCAACGAAGAUAACAAAGCCAAACUUCGGCCCGCCCCCAGCCUAGUGGAUGACCUGCUGAGUGAACUCAACAUCUCAGAGAUCCAGAAACUCAAGCAGCAGCUCAUGCAGGUGGAGCGAGAGAAGGCGGCGCUCCUCUCCUCUCUGCAGGAGUCCCAGAAGCAGCUGGAGGUGGCCCACGGGACUCUGUCAGAGCAGCAGGAGACGGUGGGACGCCUCACUGAGAACCUCAGUGCCAUGAGGAAACUCCAGGCCAGCAAGGAGCGCCACUCGGCCCUGGACAGCGAGAAAGAGCGAGACAGCCGCGAUGACGGUGACGGGGACUACUACGAGUUGGACAUCAACGGGCCUGAGAUCCUGCAGUGUAAGUACACCAUCGCCGUAUCCGAAGCCGGGGAGCUCAGACAGGAGCUGAAGACACUUAAAGCCGAGUACCAGUCGUGCCACAGCCAGUACGAAGAAGAGCGAGUCCGCCUGGAGAGCGACGUGGCAGGGCUGAGCGAAAAGCUGGCCUCCCUGGAGAAGACCAGCCGGCAGGAGCACGAGGAGGUGACGAGGCUGGAGAAGGAUCUGCGGCGAGUGAGUGAAGCGGUUGGCGAGUCGCAGGGAAGCCUGAACGUGGCGCAGGACGAACUGGUGACGUUCAGCGAGGAGCUGGCCAACCUCUAUAACCACGUGUGCAUGUGCAACAACGAGACGCCCAGCCGGGUCAUGCUCGACUACUAUAAGGAAGGCAAGGCCAGUAUAGGGGGCAGGGGCAGCCGAGAGGGGAAGACACAACAUCUGUCCCAUGUUCUGCUCUCCAACGGGCUGGUUCCUGAAACUGAAUCCAAUAAAUCUGAAGCCAGUGACCCAGCCACCCCAGAGUCCCGUUCAGAGCCCAUGAACAUCUAUAACCUAGUUGCCAUCAUCAGGGACCAGAUCCGUCACCUGCAGCAGGCGGUGGACCGCACCACAGAGCUGAGCCGUCAGAGGAUGGCCUCCAUGGAGCUGGGUACUGUGACCGAUAAGGACAAGGAGGCCUGCAUGGGGGAAAUCCUCAAACUCAAGUCUCUGCUCAGCACCAAGAGAGAGCAGAUCGCCACCCUGAGGGCCGUGCUCAAGGCCAACAAACAGACGGCUGAGGUGGCGCUGGCCAACCUGAAGAGUAAAUACGACAACGAGAAGACCAUGGUGACCGAGACCAUGUUGAAGCUCCGCAAUGAGCUCAAGGGCCUGAAAGAGGACGCUGCCACCUUCACCUCAUUACGGGCCAUGUUUGCUACAAGGUGUGACGAGUAUGUGACCCAGCUGGAUGACAUGCAGAGGCAGCUGGCUGCAGCGGAGGAUGAGAAGAAGACCCUGAACUCCCUGCUCCGCAUGGCCAUCCAGCAGAAGCUGGCCCUGACCCAGCGACUGGAGGACCUAGAGUUUGACCACGAACAGGCGCGCCGCGGCGGGGGAGUGGCGGCGGGCGGGCGGGGGAAAACCUCCUCAUUGGCGCGGGGCAAAGGGGUAUCGGCCAAUCAUUAUUAAUUUAUUCAAGCCCAGUGGCCCCUUCAAAGAUUGACAGUCACCUUGCCGAUGAUUAAUUCAGUACACCCCCCCGUGGCCUGAGACCCAUGUCAGAGACACACACUGCUGUAAUGCGAGGACUUUGAUAUCUGAGUGCAAACACACACCAGAGUAUGUGAGCGGAGUUGAGCGGUCAGAGAUCCCACUCGUUGCUCACGGAGCAGUCUUCUGCCACUCCAAAUUCGCUCCAUUCGUUUUCUGUUUAAAAAUAAUGAUUCAACAAACACCCCCAUCUACUUUUGUGACUAUGUACUCAUAUCAAGAUUUCUUUGCAUUAGUGGUGGGGUAGGCUAAAUAAAUACAACAGAAUACGCAUAAUUAAAAGAACAUAAUGAAGGAAAUGAAAAAUGCUGGCCAGAGCAUGCCCAGAGAUCGUGGCUGAGCGGUACCGGAGCGAAAUUGAAGCGGGAUAGAAGGCCGCCGCUCCAACGUUUUAGAAAUUUGCUCCAUGCUCCAGCCAAAUGAAGCACGCUCCACUUCAGCUCCACUCUGCUCACGUCCUCUGACACACACACACACACACACACACACACAUGCUCCAGGCCCCUACAGACACACAUGAAACCCCCAGGGGUUUUGUCCCUCUGUGCGGCUACAGUAAACAAGAAAGUCUCCUCGGUAUGAUGACCAAUAGAGGUCUAUUUCUAUGGGUAUGACCCGCAUUUGUGAUCCAGUCACUCACUCCACAUUGUCCACCUCUAUACCAUUAUAACUCUUUGUAUCUUUCCCCCGACUAUAGCCGACUCCAACUCAACGCCACGAUUUACGAUGGAGUUGAGUGGCGACAGUGUUGGCGAACUGGAGCGCCAACGUCACAUAAAAACCCACUGUCGCGUGUAAUUACGGGCUAUGUUUUGGGUGCUGUAAUCAUUUUAUGUGAUAGUCGCCGCUCAACUCCAUCGUAAAUCAUGGAGUUGAGUUUAAUCGGCUACCCGGAUGACUGCGCCCUUUUAAUGUAUUUAUUUAUCUUUUAUUGCUUGUUGUAACUCAGUGAACGUGUGAGGUGUUCAUAAGCUUUUUGUUGCAUUUAAUAAUUGUUGAUAAUUGGAGCAUUCAUAAUAGAAUUUCCAUGGAGAGCAAACCUGUGUUGAUUUAUAUUUAUUUGUAGAGAAAGAUCAGAGGCAGGAAAGUCAUAGGAACUAAAGUGACUUGCUACAGUUCUCCCUGGGGUCAAUAUUCAGUGGGACUCCCAGGCUAAUGUAAGUUCUCUGCAAGAACCUGGAUAGAAAUCUUGAUUGGAAUGAGUCCUUUCUCUCUUUUGUUUUAAAUCUUGUCUCAUGUAUUUAGAUGUUUUAUUUAACCUUUAUUUAUCCAGGUGAGUCAAUUAAGAACAAAUGAUUCUUUACAAUGACCGCCUGGCAAAUUUUUAUAAUGUGCUUCAAAAAAGUUAACCGGUGAGCUGGAUGUUCAAGAAGGCUUUUUUCCCGCCUUAUUCUUCUACCUUCUGGUCUUAGUUUUGACUAGUAGUGCCUUUCUGUCCACAAAAGAGAAGCUAGAUUUCGUUUUUUAUGUUUUCAAUGUCUUUGAGAAGGAAUUUGGGUGAGAGGUUUUGACCCCAGUCAUUACAGAUUGAGGAAAAUAAUAGGAACUGUGGUGAAUUCUUUGAAGUGAUUCUGUGAUCCUCCAAAUGUUCAGAAUUGCAAAUUUAGGGUGCUAUUAUUAUAAAGAAAAAAACGUAUUUUAAACGUUUCGAUACUAUAACUGUUAACUUUGGCUGCCGAGUUAGUGGUUCGAGGCAUUUACAACAGUGGCUGAUUGAGAGAUUACUAAUGCACAUACUUAUUUAUACUCUAGCGUGUAUGGCAAAGGUCAGGCAAUGUCAAUAUAGAAUUGACAAGUAUGGAGGAUCAUUUCUUUGUCUGUUUUAAUGCAAUUUUAUUAGCCCUUUGUAUGUCCUCUAAUAGAGUUGUUGUGACUUCAGCAAACAGAAGAAGUAAAGUCAUCAACACCUUCUGCAGUGCCAUUUAAUUCACAGCUUUGUUGAUGCAAUAAAAGUUACAUUUAUGUUUUUUUUCCUUCUUUUUUUCACAAGUGCAAUUUAAACGCAGUAUCAAUAUGGAAAUAAGGUAUAAAAAUGCCGUCUGUUUGCUGAUGCUAUUGUUAUGUUUUACUACUUACUCACAAUCUUGAUCCAAUUUGAGUUUAUCUUUGUACUAAAUAACUUGUUUGUAUUUAUUUUAAACAAUGUCAUGUAUGUUGGUAUUGUCAAUAAUGUGGAUUAUGAUUAGUGGCAUAUUGAUACCAUAUUGAUGUCAUUUUCCAUGUUAUCUUCAAGGGACUUUGGGUGGAGAUGGUGGUCGUGUUCCACUGCUUGGUUCGUUGCAUGCCAUGUCAUCGACUGACAGAUUGCUAUAACAUAAUGAUGUGGUUAGCUGAUAGGUAAAAUACCUAUCCAGGCGUUGUAAGAUCUGGCAACGUCUAAGCAGUGGAACGCUCAAUAGAAGCCAGUAGCCUACUUACCUAUGUGAUGAUGAUGUUGCACUGGCAAGGUGCAUGCUUAAUAGUAUAAACUUAACUUCAGACUUAAUGUGGUGGUGUUGGGGUUAUUAAAACAUAUAUAUUGAUCCUA